UAGAUACCAACGCUUCCGAUCUAGAUCCUCCCCUGACUAUUUAGAAGGCAUGAAAUGAGAACGAAACUAAGUUGACGAGCGGAUUAGGAUCAACAGGGUUCUGUUUGACCAUCGUCUGGGGUUCGGACGUGGUUCCACGUGCCAUUGGCGAUGCUGUAUGUCACGUUUGCAUUGCUCCGGGGGUCCAAGGUAUCUCUCCCUUAACAUUGAGAGCCGCGGCUUAAACAACAUUGUUGCCCACCAGGGAGUCGCACUCGGUCUGCACGAUGACUCUUGAAAAUGAUGCGGUCGCUGGCGCCACAAUUGAGCUUCUAGAGACUCGUCUUCGGCGCCUCACGUAUCUCCUCACCGGCGAUGCAAACUGGACCGGCAAUCCCACGCCGCCCGCAAAGCCAGCGUCUCUGGACGACAGCGUCUCGCGCCGCCUUCUCCGCCUGGAAAGGGAACUGGAAAGACUGAGCAGGAAUAUACCCGCUGUUCGGGAUGUUCUGAGUCUCCACGACCGCUUUCCUGAUCUUUUCCGCCCAACACCUCCCAAAUCACUCCCCGAGAACCUGUCGACGCAGAACCUCGCCUCAAUCGUCUUGUCCUAUGCGUCUGCAUUUCCCGAGACCGCCUCCCGGCUUACGUCGUUGAACGACCUCCCAAUCCCCGAUGCCGAGACAUCGGCAUCGCUGAUUCAGCUACAGCCACGUUUGGACCAGUUGGCGCAGACCCAGGAGGAACAGGCCAAACAAAUCUCCGAGCUACGUGUGCGAUCGGCAAGAGCUUUGCAACGAUGGUACGAAGUGGCGCUGGUUAGUGGCGGCGAAUGCUGGGCUGAAUGGGAAGGGAGACUGGAGGACGUGGAAAGGGAGGUCAAACGGGAGGAAGUGGUACGAGAGCGAAGAGCAAAGGAAUUAUGAGGUCGGAUUGCAUUUUCCCAUUUCUUUCUCUUAGCGUGUAUGGUUUAUGAUACCUCUUUGCUUCUCUUGUUCCCGCAGACUAUGUAUUUUGGUGGUUCAGCAAGGUGUAUCUGGGGC